AUGGCUAUACCAAUGCACCCUACUUGUUCACUUGAAAAAGAGGAAUCGAGCCAAAAAGUUGAACAAAAAACCUAUAGAGAAAUGAUAAGAGCACUUUUAUACCUCACCACUUCUAGACCAGGUAUCAUGUUUAAUGUGUGUGUAUGUGCAAGAUUUCAAGCUGACCAUAGAGAAUCCCAUUUAACUGUUGUUAAGAGAAUCCUUAAAUACCUAAAAAGCACUACCAACCUUACCUUGUUCUACAAAAAAUCUUCUAAGUACAAACUGGGUGGAUACUGUGAUUCUGAUUAUACUGGAGAUAAACUUGAAAGAAAGAGCACUAAUGGCAACAACAUAUUUCUAGGUGACAACUUAAUAUCUUGGUCAAACAAGAGACAAAAUAUCAUUGCAAUGUCAAUAGCAUAG